UACGCCUGCAAAAGCUUCGAGAGGGCAUUGAUUGGAUGCCCGUCCUCACACAUGACACGCUCAGGACACUUCGCCGAGAUAGACCACCAGUCUGAGACUGUUACCUCUCCGUUUGUUGGAGGUGCAUCGCGCUCGCUCGCUCGCCACCACCAUCUACUAUCUCCUACCGCCCGACGAGAAGCGUGGGGUUUUCCAUAUGAACAAGUCGGCAGUAUGGAUCUUCCUGUCCGAUGGUCUUUCUUGAGUAUACAGGGAAAUUUGCUAACUCCUAUACUAUUGGACUUUGCACGCUGUCUAAUCACGGAGGUCGUCUUUCCCGGGUUCGCCUGGGAAGACCACGCGUUCCUGACGCGGACAGAGCUCGAGAAGCUGUACGGAGGCUCGGACAAAGGUAAAGAGUGGGCCGCGUAUGUGAAGAAUGGAUGA